AUGUAUCGCUCUUAUUUACCGCGAUCCCGAAGACAGAAGGUAGUAUCAGAUGCAGUUCCUAAGAAAAGAUUAGACGAAAGUGCAAUGGAGGCAAAUACCGCGGAAUCGCAAUUACAAUCAGCUCCCGAAAAGGAACUGAAAGCAUUAUCCAAAGGCGAAUCGCAACUAAUUUCUGAAAAAAAUCUUCAACCGAUUCCUGGGGGAGAACCACAACUAUCACUUUUCACGAAAGAUCAGAAACCGGUUUCAUAUCCAUCUACAAAUAGUAGAAAUAAUGACCAAGGGAGAGAAAAACACUAA